GGGCCCCACUAUCCCCACGAGCUGUGACGACGUCCUGUCCUGUUCCUGUAUUGCCCGCCGAUGGUACAGACUAUCACCAAAAGCACGGCCGAACGAUUUGCAUUGAUCUACAACUACUGCUUGGGACGAACGAAGCUGGAGAAGCACCCAAGUGGCUGUACUGGCAACCUCGAGAAAUUUUAAUCUCGGGGUGCGGUGAGCUUACCAAGCCGACAGACAGAACAAGCUCACAACUCCCAACUCACGAUGUCCCAAUCCCUCAGGCCGUACCUCCAGGCUGUGCGGAGCAGCCUUACGGCGGCGCUCUGCCUGUCAAACUUUGCGUCGCAGGCGUCGGAGAGGCACAACGUGCCCGAAAUCGAGGCGCAAACAUCGCCCGAGGUGCUGCUGACUCCCCUUACGAUUGCGCGCAACGAGAACGAGCGCGUCCUCAUCGAGCCCAGCGUCAACAGCGUCCGCAUCAGCAUCAAGAUCAAGCAGGCCGACGAGAUCGAGCACAUCCUGGUCCACAAGUUUACGCGCUUCCUGACCCAGCGCGCGGAAUCUUUCUUUAUCCUGAGGAGGAAGCCCAUCAAGGGAUAUGACAUUUCCUUCUUGAUCACCAACUUCCACACGGAAGAGAUGCUUAAGCAUAAGCUGGUUGAUUUCAUCAUACAGUUCAUGGAGGAGGUUGACAAGGAGAUUUCGGAGAUGAAGCUCUUCCUGAACGCAAGGGCAAGAUUUGUGGCCGAGUCUUUCUUAACACCGUUCGACUGAUCGCGAAAGUUGUGUACGUCGAGAGAUUCUGUUACUGGCGUUGUUGGCGGAAACAUGAUUCCUUGUGACUUAUUGAAGGUAAAAAGACAAGCCAUAAGAUUACGAAUAAAUUGCUCGAGAACUACCCUAUUCAACGUUUUAUUUUGUGUGGAGUGCAAUUGGUUUAGGCGGUAGUGACUGUGUAUUGACUACAGAUAGCUUGGGGAUGCCUGUUUGCCGACGCUAAGAUCCACCGCACCUUAUUCAAACGACAACUGGAAAAUCUCAGGACUUGUUGGCAAACUCUGACAUGCCGAGCAAGGCAAGUGCCCAUUAGCCCACUUUGGUAGGUGGUUCACCACCAGCAUUUGAUUGAUGUUUCUUUCGAGCCCAUCUGUUGAUUGAUAGUGCAACAGAAGUCGCAAAUUGGGGCCACAGGCAAUGUAUAUCUAUGUAGGGGCGAAAGAGAACUUGAAAGUCCCACCACCGGCGGCUGUUUAUCUAUAAGAAAUUCAGAUGUAUAAAUUGGAGUUUUACACAGAAG